UAGCCUAUCAGCAGCUGCCUAUGGGAGAUAUCUCCAUCAGGACUUUUCCCCUCUCCUCUCUCACUCUCUCCCCUCGCCUCCGACUCCAGGCUUCAGUGAUGUCCAGUGGUUUUGGAUCAAACUACAGAGUUCCCGUUUACUGUACAGCACGGUUUGCUGUGGUUUGCCGAUGACUGUCGGACCGGUUCGUGCGUUUGGAUACAGAUUGAGUAACACAAACGAGGAAGAAAGAGAAAGGAAAAGAAAGCAGGAGCAGAGCGAGGGAUUGAGAGAGAGAGGGAGUCACGAUUUGGGACUUAAGAGUUGAGGGCGAGAUGAAGGGAUUUGUUUGGCAGUCGAGAUAGAAGAAGAAGAAGGAGAGAGAGAAAGAGAGAGAGAGAGAGAGAGAGAGAGAAAGAGUGAGAGAGCGCAGUGGGAGGGAGGAGAGAGAGAGGAUCCAGCCCUCUGGGACAGCAGUGUGUGUUUUGGGGGUGGACAGAGUGGCUUUGUAUGCAGAACAUCACUGGACACCAAUGGCAGGGACGCUGUCAGUUAUUCUUUGUGUGUGUGUGUGUCUGUAGUGAAACCAGACCUACCUCUGAUCCAUGCGGCGCACACACCUCUUCCAUCUGCUGCCCAGGAGUCUUGCCUUCUGCUUCCUCUGGACUGAGCACCUUUUGAGAGUGUGUGAAUGCGCGUGAGAGAGUUUCCCCCCCGGAGGUCCGGAGCAACAGGCUGUGAUGUGGAACUUGUGGGAUUAAAGUUUCUGAAGGCUCUGCACUGACAGCGAUGGAUUGGAGCCAGGAGACGGGAAGCUCAGACUCUUGAAUGAGGAGGAUUUGCAAGCUCCACUCAAACCUCCCUGUCUUCCCUUCGCUUGAUUAUAUCUUCUAUAUUUCUGCGUUUGGACCUCGUCCACGACCACUUGUGUGUGAGUGAGUGUGUGUGUGAGCGGCCCAUGUGGGCGGUGAGGGAUGCGGAUCUGAACAAAGUCCACGCCCCGAUGCCUGCUGCUAUGCUCCCGUGCCCUGCGCCGGCCGGGUCCGACUGGAGCUUCCAGAACCCGGUGGGGGUGGACUGCAGUUCCCCCGAACCUCGCUGCAUCUGGCUCGCGGUGCUUCGAGGCGCCACGGGUUCACUGUCACCACCCACGCCACCCACCAUGCCCACUGGGCACGGCCAGAGCUCUCACCAGCCCAGGGCUAAGGGGCGGAGGGAUGGUCUCUCCUCAGCCGGUGACAACCCUCGGCCGCCGAUGGCAACCCGGCCGGGAAGGGAGGGGGUCGGCAUGGGCUGGAAGGGUCCCCGGACACUGGUUCUCCAUAAGAACUCCCAGGGAUUCGGCUUCACGCUACGCCACUUCAUCGUUUACCCUCCAGAGUCGGCCCUGCACACUAACCUCAAGGAUGAGGAGAACGGUAACGGAAAGGGAUAUCAGAAAGGUCGGAUGGAGCCGAUGGACACCAUAUUUGUAAAGAGCGUGAGAGAAAAAGGCCCGGCCCACCAGGCGGGCUUGUGCACAGGGGAUCGGCUGGUGAAAGUGAACGGAGAGAGCGUUCUAGGAAAGACGUACUCGCAGGUGAUAGCCCUCAUCCAGAACAGUGAGAGCGUGUUGGAGCUCUCCAUUAUGCCAAAAGAUGAAGACGUGCUUCAGUUGGCAUACUCCCAGGAUGCUUACCUGACAGGCAAUGAACCCUAUGCAGGGGGAGCUGAGAACCUCCCACCACCGCCUCCUAUCUGUUAUUCGCGCUCCAAGACCACGACCCCUGCCGGAGCCCCUCCAUCUGCGCCUAUGGGCCAGAACCAGCUGGAUAACUGGAGUCGCUGGCCAGGCUCUUCCAGCCCAUCCUCACCCUUGGACAACCGCUCAGCUGUAGGCAGCCCCGCCAGCUGGCAGGAAGGACGGGCUGGAGAGCCAGGUGGUGUGGGUCACAGCAGCCCAGCCCACCGCACAGAGGAGAUCCAGUACGGUAUGACCAGCCAGCAGCCUCAGGGGCAGACCAGGGGGCGCUCCUAUUCUUCGUCUUCCUCAUCAGGAGGCCUUUUGUCCAGCCCGCUGCAAGUCCACUACCCUAACCACCACGCUGCCAGCUCCUCGCAGGCUCAGCCCCGCAAGUCCAGCUCAGCGUGGACUAGCCCCCCCCUGCCUCAGCUCAGCCAUGGCCGCAGUGAGCGCUGCCAGCAGGCCCUCACUGACUGGUACUACAACCAGAUGCCUGAGCGCUCAGGCCGCAGCAUGCAAACCCGCCACCGCAGCUACUCUCAGGACCGGCUCAGUGAAACCAGGAGGCAGCAGCAGCGGACAGGUGGUUGGCCGCACAGCGCCUCCCAGGACACUCUGCUGUUACUACAGCAGUCAGGACCAGGACCCCACGGAGAGCCAUACUGGUCUUAUGGAGACUGGGAAGGGGGCCCAGGUAGGGGCCAACCAGCCUCUAAUUAUACUAGAACACGCUCUGAAAACCUGCUGGCACAGUAUGACCGCCACGGCCAUUCGUUAGAGAUGCUGGACCGAGCAACAGCUGGACUGGUCUCGCCUCGGUUUGAGAGGCCUUCGUGGCUCCAGCAGGCUCCCCAGCCGCCCCCCAGGACUGAUGCCUACCCAAGGCAGGGGAGCCAUUACGGUGCAACACAAGCUCCUGCGAUGUCCCGACCAUCACAUUCGAAGCACCACCCCCAGACUCACACCCAGGCCCACUCCCAGCCUCAGCCCCAGCAGGCUGCCCCCCAGAGCAGACGGCUUCCCCCUGGGCAGAGCAUGGACGACCAGCCAGUGGGCUACCGGAGCUACAGCCCGUCUUUUUACCGCAAGACAGGGCGCAUUAUGCAGCAAGCCCACUCUUUCAGGGACCCUUCGUACUCUGGCCCCCACUUGAACUGGAACCCAAACCCUAAAAGCCCUCCAGAGGGCACAACAGCCCCCCUCACCGCCUCUAACACAUCCCCCCUUGCGUCCGCCACUCCUGAAUCCCAGGACAGAGCGUACAGGCCAACAAACCACGAGAGGGAACGAGGGUCAUUGGAGGGGCAGGCCGAGGUGGCAACCCAGGAAGUGGUGCUGAGGCAGAAACCGCCUACUGGGCGGAGGAACGCCUACGGUAUGCGUCAUCCGCACUACGCGCUGCCCAUGGACGGGCUAGAACCCUCUUUGUUUUCUCCAGAUCCCCAAGACUCAGCUCCUGCACCUGGUUCCACAGGAGAUGUAGCCCCACGCAAAGCAAACGGCAACCUCGCCCCCCUCCCCAUAGAGGAUGACUCCCUGGCCUCCAUCCCCUACAUAGAUGAGCCGACCAGCCCCGGCGCUGAUUUGCGCGCCCGCCACGUGCCGGCGUCCUCCGUGGUGUCCAGCGGCAUGAGUUCGGCGCCCGCCGCCGUGGUCACCAGCCCCGCCUCCCCCACCUUCACCUUCCCCCUCACUAGGCUCUUCUCACACGACUGCAGCAGUAUUAAAUCCAGUCGCCGUUCCUCCUAUCUUCUAGCCAUCACCACAGAGCGCUCCAAGUCAUGUGACGAAGGACUCAACACGUUCAGAGAGGAGGGACGGGUCUUCUCGAGGCUACCAAAGAGAGUGAAGAGUUUUUUUACAGACGGGUCUCUGGACAACCUGGGGACGGCAGAGGAGGUUCGAUCUAAACGCCACUCCACCUCAGAGCUGGGAAACAUCACGUACAGCGACGUACGGCGAGAAGGAUGGCUGCACUUCAAACAAAUCCUCACAGAGAAGGGCAAGAAGGUGGGCAGCGGCAUGCGCCCAUGGAAGCGAGUCUUCUCGGUGCUUCGUUCCCAUUCGCUGUUCCUCUACAAGGACAAGAGGGAGGCAGUGCUUCGGGGGGCCACGAUCGGAGGUGCUGCCGAGGACGAGGAGCAGCCCAUCAGCAUCCGGGGCUGUCUGGUGGAUAUUGCGUACAGUGAGACCAAACGGAAACACGCCCUGCGUCUGACCACCCAGGACUUCUGCGAGUACCUGCUACAGGCGGAGGACCGGGAGGACAUGUUGGACUGGAUAAAGGUCAUCAGGGAAAACAGCAAGACGGACAGCGAGGAGCUCGGAUUUUCCAGGCAGGCACUCAUCAAUAAGAAGCUGAACGAUUACAGAAAACAGAGUCCGACAGGCAGCAAACCCGACUCCUCUCCCAGGCUGCCCCGCAUGAAGCCUCCAUUCCUGCUCGCCAAGACAGAAAAUGCUGCCGGGGCGCCACGAUCCCCCAAAUCAGAAGGCAAAGAUGAGAGCGGCCCUCCAAAGUCUCCGUGGGGAAUCAACAUCAUGAAGAAGACAAAGAAGACCGGUCCCAAAGCUUUUGGCGUGAGGUUGGAGGAUUGUCAGCCGGGUGUAAAUAACAAGUUCAUCCCGUUGAUCGUGGAGAUCUGCUGCGGUCUGGUGGAGGAGAUGGGCCUGGAGUACACCGGGAUCUACAGAGUCCCCGGGAACAACGCCAUGGUGUCGAUGCUUCAGGAUCAGCUCAACAAGGGCGUCGACAUCAACCCUGCAGAGGAGAAGUGGCAGGACCUCAACGUUGUCAGCAGUUUACUAAAAUCCUUUUUCAGGAAACUUCCCGAGCCGCUCUUCACCAACGACAAGUACAACGACUUCAUCGACGCCAAUCGGAUGGAAAAUGCAUCAGAAAGACUAAAGACCAUGAAGAAACUGAUCCGAGACCUCCCAGAUCAUUAUUACCACACUCUGAAGUUCUUGGUCGGUCACCUGAAGACUGUAGCCGACAGCUCUGAUAAAAACAAGAUGGAGCCUCGUAACCUGGCUCUGGUGUUCGGGCCGACUCUGGUCCGGACGUCUGAAGACAACAUGAAAGACAUGGUCACACACAUGCCUGACCGCUAUAAGAUAGUAGAGACGCUCAUCCAACAUGGCAUCUGGUUUUUCGCUGAAGAGAUGGACAAGGAUGAAAAGACACCGGUGGAUACAGAGGACGUGCAGCCCGCCCCCAACAUCGACCACCUGCUGUCCAACAUCGGCAGGACUGCCCUGCUCGGGGAGGCCUCAGACUCAACCAACAGUGACUCAGCUAAAUCAAAGGGGUCGUGGGGGUCAAAGAAAGAUCUCACGCCUAAGGACUUCCUGACUCUGUCCAUCAUGUCAGCUGUUACGGGCCGCAAACGCAGGAAGCGCCAUAACGCCCGCCGCGUGGGCAGCAGCACCGACGACGACUCGGAGCACGAGCCGAUCAAAGCCGGACAUUUGGGCGCGGAGGAGGAGGAAGAGGAGGAGGAGGCAGAGUCGCCUGUAAGGGACACUGCUCCUCGGGCAGAGGGAGAGGAGGACGACGAUGAAGAGGAAGAAGAAGAGGAAGACGAGGAAGUUGCAGAAAGUGGAGUGAAAGACGAGGUAGAAGAGGAGGUGGCGGCGGUUAUUCCAAGCCGGCUGCGCUGCAAAGAGGAAGAGGAGGCAGGAGAAAGGCAGGCAGCCAUGUUGUUGCAGGAGGAGGAGACACGGGCGGAGGUGAAGGGGCCACAGUGGAGAGCUCCAGAGGAUGCUCGCUCCAUCGUUUCUGGUUAUUCCACCCUCUCCACGUUAGGGCGGAGCCUGGGGUCAGAGGGGAGAGGGGACGACGCCGACGACGAGCACAGCGAGCUGGUGAGCGAGACGGACAAUGAGAGCGGCUUCGCCUCGCGCUCGCUGACCCAGGAGAGACCGGACAAACACCCGACCACACCUGUGAACACACAACCACCUGCGCCCCCGCGUAGCUUCCUCUACACACACUACAAACCCCCUGUGCUGUCGCCCACAAACCUUUUGGCUCCGCCCACCGCCCUCACACACACACCAGACUCUGCGGACAGGAGCGAAGGAGGAGCAAGGUCCACGACGCCCUCGUCCUCCUCCUUCUCCUCCUCCUCCACCACUCAUAAACUGCAUUCGCGGCCUUCCUUUAACUCCCACAAGCUGAUCCAGUGUGACACUCUGGCCAGGAAGAAGCUGAAGUCGGAGAAGGCCAAGGCUCGCUCCCUGGACCUCUUAGAGCAGUUUGAAGCCACGGCCCAGGGCGACGGGGACGCUUCUGGACCAGACGGCGCACCAAGAGUGAGGAGGGACACUUCCAGAACCAACCCCUCCUCAGGGAGCAGCCAGGAGAGCCUGCGCCAUGCCCGACCCAAGCCCACCCUGCCACCGAGCGAGGCCGCCUCCUUUACCCCAAACGGCCCGGGUGGCAGAUAUAUGGGAGAGCAGGUCUGCGCUCGUCUGAUGGGCUCGGCAGACGACCUCCGCAGUGUGGGACUGCGAAAACCGCUGUCACCCGAGACACGGAAGAAGAGACGGGCCUGGCGCAGACACACCGUGGUGGCCUCCCCGACUGAGACAUCCGACAAGAGACCCCCACUGAAUGUCAAUGACUACCCCCUUUCUCCCAUCACUCAAAACCAGGUCAAAACACCAGGGCUGCCUCGGGAUGCAGACGGACUCGAACAAGGACCGGCUGCACGUCAAACACCCCCCUCUAGAUUCCACCAGUACCUGUGAGCCCUGUCAGCUGACCCCUCACCCCUCACUCCAAGGAAAACAGGCUGCGGAUUCUGACUCUGCAGGUCAGUCGACCGGCAGCAUGGUUAAAAACAGGGUCUUGGAUCUCGGUUAGUCGUCAGGUGCAGCACAGUGUACCAACAAACAGAUCUUUUCAAAGCAGCCCACCACUUUUCUUUUUCGAUUUAGCUCCGUUCGCAUGGCAAGGGGCGCUCCAGUGUUGCCAAAGCUUUUGUUUUUGUGUUUUUAUUUUUAUAAUAUAUAAUAUAUGUGUGCUUUUAUAGAAAUAAUACAGAAACAGAGACCUCAACACAAUCAACGUUUAUGGCCAAGAAUUCUCAUUCGAGUAAUAAUCGAGCAUCCAUCCCCGUCUUCUUCCUGCCUGGCUCUCAGACGACAUAAAUUAAAGGGUUAAAUCCCUCCAGGUGCCCGGAGGAAGGUGCUGCAGACCUCCUCCGGUUCUUGAGAGAAUGGUGCUUUAACGAUUAAAACAUCUCUAAACCUGCUAUGAUUCCUAUAAUUCAAAGUCAGCGGUCAUUUUCAAUUUCAAGAGGGAUUUCAACUGAUUUUUCAUAUCAGUCUUCCUGAUCUGUUACUCGUCAGACCACAAACACUGUAAGACCCUCCCUUUAUACUCCAAACAUCACACACACACACACACACACACACACCACAGUCGUCUCUCGAUUACUUGUUAAUAAUGUUUAUGUGUGUUUGCGCAACAAUGUUUGUGAUCAUGUCUGAGCGUGCAGGUGUUUGUGUUGAACGAAUUUUGUAACAUUUGUACAAAGCCUUGUUAAGUUAACCUUUUGUAAAUAUAAAUAUUAUGUUAUCAUAUUUGUUUUUACUUUUUUUUUUUAGUUCCUUUUUUUAUGGUUUACAAAAAAAGCGCACGCAAAAGUGCACAGUCAUUUCUUUCAAGAUGUUACUUGAAAUGUUUCCCUUAAUAUAUUCUUUUUUUUUUGUUUUAUAUUCAAUAUAUAUAUUAUAUAUAUUUUGUAUUAAAGUUAAAAAAAAAAGUACUUUUAUUGUGAUUUCACCUCUUUGGUGUACCUGUUCAAAGGAGACAAGAUAAACAUGACUAAACCUGUUCCUUACUUCCUCAUAGAUGGCCUUUCUGAUUCUCAGCACUGUGCAGAAAACCUUUAUUAUCUCUUGAGCUCUAGUCUUAUAAAUAAAUCUCUCCGGUGACUUUACUUCCAACGAUGUUGCGUCAACGUGUACGCAGACGACAUGUAGCGAGAGGUAGAGGUGUAACCUGGUAAUUAUUACAUUAUACUGGACGGUUUGAAGGCAGCUCAGUGCCACACUGUGAUGGCUGACCUCAUUUGUUUUGUUAUUCAUGUCUUGGAUUACUGAGCAUUGCCUCCGCUGAUCUGCUCGUAUUUACUAAGCUCAAGACAAAGUAUGUUCUUUCUUGUAAAAGAGACAGAAGAGAAGCCUUCACCUCUGUCCGAGGUGAUGUACAGCGGUUUUCAUCACGUCCCCCUCCGAGGGUUCUUCUGUCUACACAUUUAAUUACCUUGGGGGUUAACGUGACGAGGAGUUCUCCAUGAGGUCAGGCUCUAAUAAAUCAUCCCUAAGCUGGGGAAAUGGUACAUUAGAGGAAACUGAACACGUGAAUCUGUUGUUUUCAUCUCUCGUCUUGGCUGUGGAAAUCACAAAAUAACACAAACAGGAGGUGCAACUUCCAAAGUGAUGUUGUUUUCAUCUGACCAAAUAACCCAGUGAACAAGAUUAAUAGUAAUAAUAAUAAUGAUAAUAAUAAGUUAUAGUCUUGUCUUACCUCAAGAUUUUUUCUACAAGUGCCUGAUUCGUGGAAUGUGUUUUUGUUCUGCAGUGCCAUGAUCGGUUCUUAUCUUUCCGUUUCCUUCUGUUGUUUCUGGGUCUCCUCCCUCUCUCCCUCUCUCCUGUGGUCGAUGGUAAAACUAAGGCACUGACCCAAAGAUGUGUACAUUAAAUACAAGCGGUCGAACUGAGAGGUUGUAAAAAAAAUAAAAAUAAAUAAAAAAAAGGAGAAAAAGCACACUUCAAGCCAAGGACAUGUCUAUGCACACUCUCUUUGCCUUCAACACAGGCAUUAACAGCUUGCUGCUAAAGAGGGAAGAGGCAUAGUAUUCUCAGCUGCUUUUCUUAACAAACUGAGGUCAUCUCUCUCUGCCUAGUGAUCCACAGUGUGUGAAUAUGGUACACCUAACAAGCCCCACCCUAGAAUGACAUUAGGUCAUGUCAGGAGGACAACGCUCGAUCAACUGAAGAUGAGCAAACAACCUGUGACUUCAUCCACGGUUGGCGUGUGUGUCAUCUGAAAUGUGAUCCGCCUGAUGUCUUUGUUGUAUUUUAAAAUCUUUUUGUACAUACUAUCUUAAUAUGUAACAUAUUGUACUGUGUACAUUUGGAAUUGCUUUUGAGUAUAACUAAUAUGAAAAUGACUGGACUUAAAAAAAAAAAAAAGAGGUUGUCCGCCUGAAAACAGUUUCCCCCUCAUGGCUGUGUGCUUUAAAGCAAGGUUAUAUGAUGUAAAUAAACAGAACUAUGUUUAAAGAAAAA